GGCGACCACAGCCGCCGGAUUCACCUGCGCUCCGAAAGGAGGGGACAUCAUCCAGCAGGCGGCCAGCCAGCAUCCGAGGCUCGAGGCUGGGCAGGAGAGGGUUCAUUUAAACCUUCAUCAGGAGGAAGAAGAAGAAAAAAUAAACAGCUGAGAUGAACGUCCAACAACACACCUGAGAGCUGCUCUGGUUUAAUUUGUUCCACCUGGGAGACCGGACGCUGCAACAGCCCGCUCACAAACUUCCAACCUGCAGGAAUCCCACCGCAGAGACGCGCCAGCGAUGUACCGCUCAACCAAAGGGGCGUCCAAGGCUCGACGGGACCAGAUCAACGCCGAGAUCCGGAACCUGAAGGACCUGUUGCCCAUAUCCGAGGCAGAUAAAGCGCGGCUGUCAUACCUGCACAUCAUGUCACUCGCCUGCAUGUACACCAGGAAGUCCGUCUUCUUCACUCAAGAAGCGGGAACUGCUAGCUUUGAGGAGAGGCUUCUGUUCUCCCAUGAGCUGUCGGAGCUGAUGCAGGCGCUGCCGGGCUUCCUGAUGCUGCUCACCGGGGAGGGGAAGCUCCUCUACCUGUCAGACAGCAUCUCCGAGCACCUCGGACACUCCAUGGUGGAUCUCGUGGCUCAAGGCGACAGUGUUUAUGACAUAAUUGACGCCGCAGAUCACUUUAACACGAGAACUAACCUGUCAACCACCACGUCACUUGAGAUGGACCGUCUCUUCCGCUGUCGCUUCAACACCUCCAAGUCCGUGCGCAGGCAGAGCGCUGGGAACAAACUGGUUCUGAUCCGAGCCCGCUGCCUCUUUGCCCCUCCAGCUGCCCCUACCACCGGCUCCUAUUGGAGCUCCAACCCGGUGUGGGUGUGCUUCUGCUCCCCCCUGGAACCCCAGCCAAGCCGCUCCAGCUCCGAGGUAGAGAGGGAGUCCACCUCCACCCCUCCCCUGACUGAGACCAACCUGUUCCUGGCCUUCUUCCACUCCCAACAUGACCGUGACCUGAGGCUGCAGGAUGCACAGGACAGUGUGAGCAACUAUCUGGGGUUUGAUGUGGCAGCUUUGCGCGCUCGCUCCUGGUACAGCCUCCUCCACCCACAGGAUCUGUCGCAUGCUUCUGCUCAGCACCGUAGCCUCUUGAGAGAAGGAGGAGAGGGCAGAGCUGAGAUGGUGGUACGUGUGCAGGCUCAGGAUCUGUCCUGGGUUUGGCUCUACAUGGUGCUUCAGCUGCAGUCUGGAGACAUCCCCAUCAGGAGCAACAACUACAUCAUCAGUGACUCUGAGGCCUGGUCCGUGCGUCAGCAGCUCAGCACAGAGCACACCCAGCUCACACUGGUCCUGAGUGCUGGCUCCUCUCAGCAGGAGAGCCUGAGUCUCCAGUCUCCAGACACCCUCUCCAGCCCAGACCAGGUGUUCACCCCCGGCAGCAGCGGCCUGUCCGCCCAGUCCUUUGACUUCAGCACUGCUGGAUGCAGCGUGGGCUCCUCGGAUGAGCCCGGGAGCUCAGUCACUGAAGCCAUGCAGGUGGAGGGGGACCCCCGCUCCAGCAUCUCCUCUCUGGAGGAGGAGAGCUUCUUUCAGCAGCACCCUGCAGAAACCCCCUCUGCUGCCUCCUCCCCCACUCCAGUCACUGUUGAAACAGUAGCAGAUCUAGACUUUCUAACCCAGAACAUUCUCCUGCCGCCCUCCUUCCAGCUCGACCCUCCUCUGCCGGCUCUCCCUCUGCCACUCCCCCCUGUGCCCACCUCACAAGCACAGCAGGCCAAAGAGUUUGUGUGCACGCCCCCCUACACCCCCCAGGUUGGUGGGGUCAGUUUCCAGUUCGGCGACCCCCUCUUCAGCUUUGACCCAACUGGCACGACCACCCCUCCACCCUCUGCAACAACCGCCACCACCACCACCUCCCUGGCCCCUUCGGCGUCCUCUACAGCCCCACCCACUACGGCCUCCAGCCCCGCUCCCCCCACCAACCUCUCUGCAAAGCUCCCCCUUGCACUGCCUUCCCUUUCCACUGACCUCCUGUUCUCCGUGGAGCCAUGCAGCGGCUCCCUGUACGAGAAGCUGCCCCCCACGCCUGACAGUCCCGGGGACGGGGACUGCACAGUGAUGACCCUGCCUGAGGUACGGGGUCCGUUGUAUGUAGAUGUACCACUGGGACCCCUCCAGUGUCCCCCUGAAGGCCUCCUCACCCCCGAGGCAUCUCCUGGGAAGCAGCCCUGCCUCUCCUUCUUUUCUCUCGAGCGGGAGAAGGAGCGGGCAGAGAUCUCUCUCCUCGCUCAGCACAUCAGCUCACUGGCAGAGGGCUUCUAUCUGGAUCCUCUCCUGUCCAAACUCUCCCCCUCCUCCUCCCCUCCCUCACCUUUCCUGUCACCAGCUGCAGAACCUGAUGAUCCAGUCCACAUGAUGAGGGAGUUCUAUCCCAUCAAAACGUGGAGAGGCCUGGACAUCCCCAUCUUCCUGGAUGACGAUGAAUCUCUGUUUGAAGAGAGCAUCCUAGAAACACUCCUGCAAGAUGACCUUGCUGCUCCCCAGAUCUCCGUCCUCUCCUCCCCCUCCCCCGUGCCAGAUGCCUCCAGCCCGACCUCUCCCCAACCCCCAGUGUGCUGGCGCCAACCCUCCCAGUUUGAGGGAGUGGGCCACAUCUGUAGCGUCCAAUCGGCGCACCAUAACUCCACGGCCGGGUGCGGGGCGACCGUGGCAGCCGAGGCCGAGGUGGUGUCAGAAGGGCUAGAGGAGGAAGCGAUGGAGAUCGAGAUGGCGUCAUCUCCCGUGUCCUCCUGCUCCUCCAUCCCAGCUUCCCCUCCCCUCAUCCUCACUGCCACCUCCACGCCCGUCGCCUCGCCCAUGCCCGCUGUGUCUUGCACUCAGUCCCUCCUGGAGGAACUGGCCGUCCUGGAACCCAUGUUUGGGGCAGGUGCCUCGAUCGCCCCUGGCUUAGGGCAACAACCUGAGUUGUAUCAACUCCAAUGUUAUCCAUCGCCACAGUGCUUCCACAACGAUGGGAGUGGAAGUGUUCCUCCGUUCUAA